GCUGCAGAGACCGGUGCACUUGAGUAUGAACCGUGUCCAGCACUGAAGGAACUUGGAACUGCAGCCUGCGACACGGACAGAAUCAUAUAAAAGUUUGUGCAAGAGCCUUCCAGAGCAAGCCAUGGAGGCCUCACAGGACCUGAGCGAGCAGAUGGUAAAGAAAUCCCACAGUGACUCUCAUGUUCCAGACCCCUCCAGCUCCAGGUCUAUGGAAAUGCAGGAGCUAACACGUCCUCACAACUGUUUAGGAGUUGGGGACUCAACAGGCUCCAAGCUAGACAAGGACAGUCUGGGUAGCCCCUCCAUCACCACCAAUGGCACAGGGGGUGAAAACAUGACAGUGUUAAACACGGCUGAUUGGCUGUUGGGCUGCAGCAGCCCGCCCCCCGCCUCAGGCUCCAAGGACUAUGUCAAAACUGAGCCGAUGAACAACAGUGACACAGUGACCACGUCAGGAGACACAGUCCUGGACACGUACUCAGUCAUCACCAGCAGCUACAGCCCUCGAUCAAGCCACCAGUACUCUCCACCUCUCUAUCCGUCCAAGCCAUACCCUCACAUCCUCUCCACCCCCACAGCUCCUCCAAUGCCAUCCUACCCUGGCCAACCCCAGUUCAGCAACAUGCAGCAAUCCACUGUCUACACAACCUACCCUCAGACAGGACAGCCAUACGGUCUGUCCACAUACGAUCUGAUGUUGCCGGGUAUAAAAACAGAGAGUGGCCUGUCACAGAGCCAGUCACCCCUCCAGACAGGCCUCAGCUACAGCCCUGGGUUCACUACACCUCAGCCGGGACAGACUGCCUACUCCCCCUAUCAGAUGCCAGGUUCCAGUUUUACUCCGUCCUCAGGCCUCUACACAACUAAUAACUCCAACCCCGCCAACUACACUGCCACACAGCAGGACUAUCCCUCAUAUACAGCGUUUGGCCAAAACCAAUAUGCCCAGUAUUAUUCCCCCUCCACUUACGGAUAUAUACCCUCCAACAGCGUGGAUGGAACAGGGUCAACCACAGCCUACCAGCUACAAGACCCCUCUCCUGCCAUGACAGGACAAGCAGCUGAACUCCAUCCAGGGGAUUUUGACACAGUGCAGAGCCCCUCCACACCCAUCAAAGAGCUGGACGAUCGAGCGUGCCGGAGUGGGGGGUCCAAGUCGCGGGGCCGGGGUCGCAAAAAUAACCCCUCCCCUCCCCCUGAUAGUGAUCUGGAGAGAGUUUUUGUGUGGGACUUGGAUGAGACGAUUAUUGUCUUCCAUUCAUUACUCACAGGAUCCUAUGCACAAAAAUAUGGGAAGGACCCUCCCAUGGCUGUGACUCUGGGCCUCAGGAUGGAGGAAAUGAUCUUCAACCUGGCAGACACUCACCUAUUCUUCAACGACUUAGAGGAGUGUGAUCAGGUUCAUAUUGAUGAUGUAUCAUCUGAUGACAAUGGUCAAGAUUUGAGUACUUACAGUUUUGCAACUGAUGGCUUCCAUGCAGCUGCAACCAGCGCUAACCUGUGCCUGGCUACGGGCGUGCGCGGUGGUGUCGACUGGAUGAGGAAACUGGCCUUUCGCUACCGCCGCGUCAAAGAGCUGUAUAGCACAUACAAAAACAAUGUGGGGGGCCUUUUGGGUCCAGCGAAGAGAGAUGCCUGGCUGCAGCUCCGGGCAGAGGUGGAGGCUCUGACCGACUCCUGGCUCACACAUGCACUCAAGUCUCUGUCCAUCAUCAGCUCCAGGAGUAAUUGUGUAAAUGUGUUGGUGACGACAACGCAGCUCAUCCCAGCUCUGGCUAAAGUCCUGUUAUAUAGUCUCGGCUCUGUGUUUCCUAUUGAAAACAUAUACAGUGCAACAAAAAUAGGAAAAGAGAGUUGCUUUGAGCGCAUAAUGCAAAGGUUUGGCAGGAAAGUAGUGUAUGUUGUAAUUGGGGACGGUGUGGAAGAGGAGCAGGCGGCCAAAAAGCACAACAUGCCUUUCUGGAGGAUAUCCAGUCACUCUGACCUGCUGGCAUUACACCAAGCACUGGAGUUCGAGUACCUGUAACUAAUACUGCAAUAUGGACUUAAAAUACUAUGGACAUGGUCAGCCAGGCAGCCCCUUCUUUUGUAUAACUAUUUAAGAACAAAUACACUGCAAAUGUUUUUGUGAUUUUUUUUUUUUUUUGAACAUCUGGAUUUACAAACUGAAUGGUCUUAAGAUGUAUAUGGGAAAAGAAGAAACAGGAGCAGCUUGCAGAAGUGAAAGAGAACUACAGCAAGCCGGGAUGGACAAAACCCAAAAUGUUGCUUUGUGAGCCUUUUCCAAGAUGUGGACAGUCAGGAUUAAGUGUCUGGAUGUGCACAGAAAAUGCCUGGACGUGCACAGAAACUGCAGCUGCGUUUACUUUGAAGUGUUUCUCUGGUCAUAUGAUAAUCACAUAAAUGCAAUAUGGGAAAACUUGUGUAAAUUAUUUACAAUAAACUUAAGGGCAGCAAUUGGGUGUUUUUCAUUUUAAGAGUCUA